UUUAGAUGGCGCUAAAACCACUGAACCAAAAAAAUAGUAUGGAGGUUUGACGAUCGUUUCGUGGUUUCGUGAUUUAUUCGUCUAAAAGUCUUUUAUUUUAUAAGUGAACGAUUCUUAAAUCCUGUAAUCAACAGAUAAUCCGUUUAGAAUGUCUGUUGCUGAGUUUUUGAAGGGUCUCCCAUCACAUGACGAAAACAACUUUGCAAACUUUCAUACUGACAAUGGGAAUCGGACAUGCGUCAAGAGACCUUCAGUUUAUCUUCCAACUAAGGAUUAUCCUUCGGAGCAAAUUAUUGUUACUGAGAAAACCACCAUUCUAUUGAGAUAUCUGCAUCAACAGUGGGAUAAAAAGAGCAUAGACAGAAAAAGAGAAUUCUUGUCCACCAAUGGCGACGCCCAGGACGAUGCAUCAACAGUGCGCAGUAAAAGGCCACGUCUCGAUCUGAAUAACAGUCUUUAAGAUAUGUUGCACAUUUUUCAUACAUACAUAUAUCUAUAUAUAUAUUCUUAAAUAAUCGACAUUUAUACAUGAUCUGUAUCAAUUAUCCACAGACAAAUAUGUUUAUAGUAUGAAACUAUUUCAUUGAUUAAAUUUAUGAAACUGAAAGUAAAGAAUGUAUCAUCUUCGAUAACGUUUUUUAAGAAAUUUAUAAAUAUUUUGUUUUUGAUAUGGAUUUUAUUUAUAAAUGUAGAUGUAUACAAAAUACCAUCACAAAAUGAUAUAUAUAUACUGUUUUUAUUGAUAUAUUUUUAAUUGCGUCCACAUCUCAAUUACAGUCACAUUAGAUUUUAAUUGUCAUGCAUUGUUAGGCAGAAAUUUUAAUUUCAUUUUUUAAUUAUAUUUUUUCUUUUACAGAAAUUGUUUAUUAUUGAAAAAAAAGAUAAAUUUAGGGCAGAUAAUAUAUGUGCAGGAAAAUAGAUUAUUAUUAUUUUGAAUUUGCAUAAGAAAGCAUUUAUCUUGUUGUAAAAUAAAAUAAAUUUGUGUGAAUCUGUUUUACAAAAAGUAUUAAAUAAAUCUAUACAAAAUAAAAUAAA